AUGUUUUGUGCAGACAGACAUCACUUGACUGUUGUCGGCGCCACGAGUGGUGACACCGGAUCCGCUGCCAUUUACGGUCUGCGCGGUAAGAAGGAUGUCUCCGUCUUCAUCCUCCACCCCAAGGGCCGCGUGAGCCCCAUUCAGGAGGCUCAAAUGACGACCGUCCUGGACAAGAACGUUCACAACCUCGCCGUCACCGGCACCUUCGAUGACUGCCAAGACAUCGUCAAGGCCCUCUUCGCUGACUCCGAUAUCAACUCGACCCACAACCUGGGUGCCGUCAACUCCAUCAACUGGGCCCGUAUCCUUGCCCAGAUUGUCUACUACUUCCACUCCUACUUCUCCCUUGCCAAAUCCUCCGACUCCUUCAAGCUUGGCGACAAGGUUCGCUUCGUCGUGCCUACCGGUAACUUUGGCGACAUCCUCGCCGGCUACUUCGCCUUCCGCAUGGGCCUUCCUGUCGACAAGCUUGUCAUCGCCACCAACGAGAACGAUAUUCUGCACAGGUUCUGGACGACCGGCAAGUACGAGAAGCAGCCCGCGCCUCCUUCGGAAGCCACCGGUGGCCUUGCUGUUGAUGGCGUGAAGGCGCACGAGGACGGAGUCAAGGAGACACUUAGCCCCGCCAUGGACAUUCUCGUCUCGAGUAACUUUGAGCGUCUCCUGUGGUUCCUCGCCUACGAGUUCGCCUCCAGCGCCGGCAUGGACGACGAGUGGAACAAGAGGCAGGCCAGCCAGGAGGUCUCGUCUUGGCUCGUCGACCUGAAGACCAAGGGCGGUUUCGGCCCCGUAUACAAGGACGUCCUCAACUCUGCCCGUCGCGACUUUGAGAGCGAGCGCGUCAGCGACCCCCAGACCAUCGAGACCAUCAAGGACAUUUAUAACCAGAUCGACUACGUGUUGGACCCCCACUCCGCCAUCGGUGUCGCCGCCUCCCUGCGGUCCAUUGAGCGCGCCGACGCCCAGGUGCCGCACAUUUCUCUCUCCACCGCCCACCCCGCCAAGUUCGCCGGCGCCGUCGACCUGGCGCUCAAGGAGGAGGAGGGAUUCAACUUCAAGGAGAAGGUGCUGCCGACCGAGUUUGUCGGCCUGGAGGAGAAGGAGAAGCGGGUCACGGAGGUGGUCAACGACUGGCAGAAGGUCAGGGAGAUUGUCAGGGCGCAGGUUGAUGAGGAGCUCAAGGCUGCCGAGAGCAGCUGA